AUGGCUUCUGUCGAAAAGGCCUCUUAUGGCCGGUCUUCUGGAGCUGCUGUUGGGUCUCGAGACCCUGGAGAGACUCUCAUGAGGGACCACAGACCAGUUGUUGAAGCAAACUUUGGUCAGAAUCGGAACAGAAAGAAACCAGCUUUGCCUGCCUUGUGCACAAUCAACCGUUUUGGUGUCCCCGAAUGUUGUCCAUCAUGA